AUGGAAAAGCCCAACUCAUUUCCUGGAGUAAUUUUUGUACAACCUGGCCAACCGAUUAAACAUUCUGUGUCUGAGGCACAUCGGCCAGUCUUCUCGUCUCAAUACUCUUCCAGCACUGCCAACGUAGAACAUGACAAUUAUACUAAGCACCUGGUCAUUGAAACGAAUGCCAAGAUGUAUCAACGACUUGUUACGUUCAAUCAGCUGCGCGCGUACUUAGCCUAUCUUUGCGGACAGGAAAUGGCGGUUACCUCGGCAACUGCUGCAGCAGCGGCAUCAGUAAUAACUGGACAAGGUGAAGGUGCAACGAUUGCUACUGGACCAACUCGUGGCUUUGUUCCCCCACCACUAAACAACUUUACUGGUGGCUUGCGCUCAGGUCCUGGCGUGCUUCAGGCUAGCCACUGUGACAUUGCAGUGAUUCGUUGCCUGUUCCUCAACCACUGGAAUGAACCAGGUGCCUUUUGGUGUUUGCGCUAUAUGUUACGUCGUCUGCUUGAGCUCUAUAUGGAGUUACAGCGCUCAACUACCGCUAUCGAAAUGGCUGGCUUCCGUCAUCUUCUUGGCCCAUCAUUUAAAGAUUGUCUUAAUCGCGCUCAUGUUAGUUUAGCCACGGAUACAUCUCUAUCAAAAACAACAAAUGCUGUCUUCGACAAUUCAGAACCAACUUCAUCUUUUCAAAUUGAAAAACCAUCCACAGGAGUCUUUGAUGUUAGCUCGACUCAGAAGGCACAUUCAUCUAGAUCAUCAUCACCCCCGAUUUUCGGCAUUUUACGCAGCCUCUCUAUGCCACAGCUCUUUUCUACUCCAUUUCCGCAAGUAUUGGACGGGCAGACUAGUUCUACCAAUGGGAAAAAAAUGGAUAAAGAUUUCGAACUCGGUGUUAACGAACCACCUGCUUGGCCGAAGGUUGACAAUAAAGACCUAUCAGAGGUAGAUAAAUUCUGCACAGAGACAGGUAAUGGAUUUAACUAA